GUAAAAAUAUGUCACAGUGCGGUUGUAAAGGUAUUCGAUCUUGCCUUGUCUGCGAAAAAGAAAGGAAAGAAAAUGAAAUAAUCAAGUGUUCCAGUAAAAUACACUAUUUUUGUGAUCUAUGUAACAAAGCCUUUGAAGAAAGCAAAAGUGAAGAUCAUCCAAAUCACCAUGGGAACUCUCUGGAAUUUCCAGGAAUCUUCAUUCAGAGAGACUUUUUAUCCCUUGAGGAGGAGCUGGAUAUUUUAAAGCACAUUUAUCAAAGUCCUUUUGUUGAAUCUCAGUCUGGAAGACGAAAACAAGAUUAUGGUCCAAAGGUGAAUUUUAAAAGGAAGAAAGUCAAAUCUGAAGUUUUCACUGGACUACCAAACUUUAGUAAACCACUUUAUGAAAGAAUGAAAUCAAUAGAAAUUCUUAAGGACUUCAAGCCAGUAGAGCAAUGCAAUUUGGAAUACGUACCAGAAAGGGGGGCAUCAAUAGACCCCCAUUAUGACGACUUCUGGUUGUGGGGAGAGAGGCUUGUGACCUUGAACUUAGGGUCUGACACUAUACUUUGUAUGACAUCAUCAGAAUGCCCUGAUAUAAGUGUCCAUGUGCCCAUGUGUCAUCGUUCUUUGAUUGUUGUCCAUGGUCCAGCCAGACAUACUUGGAUGCAUGGAAUUCAUAGGUGUGAUAUCACAGACCGUAGGAUUGCUAUAACAUUCAGAGAGUUGUCUGCAGAAUUUCAACCUGGGGGUGAAAAACAAGAAGUGGGACAAAAUCUUUUGGACAUUGCUUUGACGUUUGAAGGUGUUUCUGUUGGCUCAAUGAAAGAGUUAUAGAUUCUAUAAAUAUUUUUAAAAGAUACAUUCUAUUAUUUUAUUAAAACAAA